AUGAACAUACCGCGGAGCACUAUCCAGCACUGCUGGUGGCGCACCGAGUGCCUCCUGCGGGCGUGGACGAUGGAACACCCACACGUGGAACAUCCCGCCGACCCUGAGGUCCAGGCUGGCGGUGACGUCGGCCUGGACGACGAGGUGAACGACGUCGGCAUCUUAAUCGAUCGCCUCCGCCUCGGGCUAUCUGUGAUGGCUGCGGCGGAGUUCGUCGGCAUUGAUGACAACCAGCCGACGUGCGUCGAGUCAGGCGAGGACCCCCUGGCGCUGGAGCUGGCAUCGGCGCACACGGCACAUAUGUGGGAGGCGCCUGCGUCAAUGCAGGCCGUGUACGACGACAGCAACCCUGCGACACGCGAAGCACGUCGCACGGCACGCGCCGCCUACAAGAUGCUUAUUGGGUACGACGAGGGAUCUGUGCGCGCUGUUCGACAUCCGCAACCCCCUGAUCAUCGCGCGGAUGGAGAGCGCAAGCCCGGCUUUUAA